AGCUACAGCUAUCCACAGACAAGGAACGUUUCUCCUACCUCCAUGUCUCUCCGAUUUUCUAGUGGGUCCAGGCGUAUUUGCUUGCGGUCUGGACCUGGAUCCGUCAGACCAGCCGGUGGAGGCGUGGGCUUUGCAGGCAGCAAUGCAUGUGGCAGCUCUGCUGCUGGAAGUGGACUUCCCUGUGCCUUGGGAGGGAGCCUGGGCAGUGUUUCUGGCGGGAACCAGGCUGGUGGUGCCUUUGGCAAUGCAGCUUGUGCCGGCUUUGCUGGAAGCGAAGGGGGCCUCCUCUCUGGGAACGAGAAGGUGACCAUGCAGAAUCUUAACGACCGUUUGGCAUCCUACCUGGAUAAUGUGCGUGCUCUGGAGGAGGCAAAUGCUGAAUUAGAGAGAAAAAUCAAGAGUUGGUAUGAAAAAUAUGGUCCUGGAUCUUGCCGUGGACUUGAUCAUGACUACAGUAGAUACCACCUAACCAUCGACGAUCUUAAGAGUAAGAUUAUCUCUUCCACAACGGCUAACGCCAAUGUCAUUCUGCAGAUUGAUAAUGCCAGGCUGGCUGCCGAUGAUUUCCGGCUAAAGUAUGAAAAUGAGCUCGCCCUUCACCAGAACACCGAGGCCGACAUCAACGGGCUAAGGCGAGUGCUGGAUGAACUGACGCUCUGCAGGACUGACCAGGAGCUGCAGUACGAAUCCCUGAGUGAAGAGAUGACGUAUCUCAAGAAGAACCAUGAAGAGGAAAUGAAGGCUCUGCAGUGCGCGGCCGGGGGCAACGUGAGCGUGGAGAUGAACGCGGCGCCCGGGGUGGACCUCACGGUUCUGCUGAACAACAUGCGGGCCGAGUACGAAGACCUGGCGGAGCAGAACCGCCGGGAUGCGGAGGCCUGGUUCAACGAGAAGAGCGCCACCCUGCAGCAACAGAUCUCCGACGACGCGGGCGCAGCCACCUCGGCCCGGACGGAGCUGACCGAAAUGAAGCGCAGCCUGCAGACCGUGGAGAUCGAGCUGCAGUCGCUGCUGGCCAUGAAACAGUCCCUGGAGUGCUCCCUGUCUGAGACAGAAAGCAACUACUGUGCGCAGCUGGCCCAGAUGCAGGCUCAGAUCCGGGCCCUGGAGGAGCAGCUGCACCAGGUCAGAACCGAGACCGAGGGCCAGAAGCUCGAGUACGAGCAGCUCCUGGACAUCAAGGUCCACCUGGAAAAAGAGAUUGAGACCUACUGCCGCCUGCUAGAUGGAGAUGGAAACUCAUGCUCCAAAUCAAAGGGCUUUGGAUCAGGAAGCUCAGGGAAUUCAUCUAAAGAUUUAUCCAAAACCACGCUGGUAAAGACGGUGGUUGAAGAGAUAGAUCAACGUGGUAAAGUCCUUUCAUCGAGGAUUCAGUCCAUCGAAGAAAAGACAUCUAAAAUUACCAAUGGCAAGACAGAACAAAGGGUUUCUUUCUAGCUGUCAUUUUUGAGAAAAGAAUAAUUUGGGGAAGGAUCCUGCACAACUGCAUUAUUCUAAAUCUCAAGGAGAUAAUAAAAAUACUUUCUACCUUUAAGAUAAGUUUCUUGGGGGGAAGACCUGUUUUCUUGGUUACCUUUUACUGGAAAAGGGGUGUUUAUUUUCAAAUAAAUAAAGAAGGUAAUGUGCA